AUGUUAUCUGGAAGAUUAAAAAUAGUGAUGCCAAAGCUCAUUUCGGAUUUUCAAGGGGCUUUUAUUAAUGAGAAGCAGAUGUUGGACGUUUUGGUGAAUGGAGGCUCAACGCAAAGAUUUAAGCCCUCGAAGGGUUUAAGGCAAGGUUAUUCACUUUCUCCUUAUCUCUUUCUUCUUGUGGUUGAAAUCUUGGGUAAGUUGAUGAAUGAUGUUAUUCAAAGAGGCCAGAUUACCGGGUUUAAAGUAGCAGAAAAUGGGAACAUGAUUUCCCAUCUACAGUUUGCGGACGAUACUGUCCUUUUUAUUGAUGCUAAGGAGGAUGAGGUAACUAGACUUUUUGUUAUAUUAUCAAUGUUUGAGUCUUUAGCCGGAAUGAAACUUAAUCUCGACAAGAGUACUAUGAUAAGUUUUGGUGCGAAUGACGUUAUUGGCGAGUUAGCUAAGGAGCUUGGAUGUAAAACUGAGGUUUUGCCAAUAAAGUAUCUUGGCAUGUCGAUUGGUGUAACUUCGAGAAGUAUUUUAAUUUGGGACGCGGUUUCAGAAAAGAUGGCACAAAAGUUAGCAUCUUAG